GUCAAGGGACAACUUAAAAGCUAAUGCAGGCAGCCAUGACCCCCUGCUUGCAGCAGAUUGCCUAAAAGGUCAAUCAGGAAUGGCUGCAGCAGAAAUCCCCAGUUAUAUUGUUUCUUCUCAGACUGAGAAGCACAGGAGGGCCAGGAACUGGACUGAUGCAGAAAUGAGGGGCUUAAUGCUGGUUUGGGAAGAAUUUUUUGAUGAAUUGAAACAAACUAAAAGGAAUGCCAAAGUUUAUGAGAAAAUGGCAAACAAACUCUUUGAAAUGACUGGAGAAAUUCGACAUGGAGAAGAAAUAAAGAUAAAAAUUACAAAUAUGACAUUCCAAUACAGGAAAUUAAAAUGUAUGACUGAUAGUGAAACUCUUGCACCUGAUUGGCCUUAUUUUAAAACCAUUGAUAGAAUACUUUCUAAAGUGUCAGAGCACAAUGAUGUGAAAAUGCAUGACAGUCAGCAACCAGGUCCUUCAACAUCCCAGACUGAGGCAUCACAGUCGCCAUCUGCCAAGUCUACUCCGCUCUAUUUGCCAUAUAACCAGUUCACAUAUGAAGGGAGAGAAGAAUUUUUCGAAGAUGAGCAUUCUGAGAGCUCCUCCAGCUUACUUUCUUAUAAGUUAAGAACUGAAGAGAGACCAGUGAAGAAAAGGAAAAUGCAAAGUUGUAGCUUUCAAAAGAAGAAACUAAAGUUAAUGGAAGCAAUGCUGGAGGAACAAAAGAAACUGAGUAGGGCGAUGGAAGAAACCUGCAGGGAAGUGCGGAGGAUUCUGGAUCAGCAGAACAUCAUCCAAGUGCAGAGUCUGCAGUUGCAAGAGAGAAUGAUGAAUUUAUUGGAGAAAAUGAUCUCCAAAGCCAAUGUUUAGUUUCUCUUGCGAUGCUCCUGAAAAUACAGUAUUUAUCUAUUUUACAGAAAUUGCAUAUUGCAUACCCUAGGAUUGCCUCUUCUUUAUAGGUAAAUUAAAAAUUGUAAUGUAUAUAUGAAGAGUUUAAUCAGUGUAGGAGGUGAGCCAUCAAG